CUACAAAUAAUUUUGGGUAGUGGCUUUGAGUGACAUCGUAACCUUACGACGCGCGACGAACACGGGUUAUUGCAUGUAAUUAAUGAUUUACCGGGGUUUUUAAAAUAAUCCGUAUAUAUUAUCACUGCCGAUUUCUUGUACAGAUUAGUGUGUUAAUGAUAAAACCGUGUUAGUGUGGAUUGUUUGUGCCGGUUUGUUGUUGCAUCGUCGUCGAGAUAAAGCUUGACAAUGGGAAACGUUCACACUUGUGGUCCAAAUGAAGCUCUCGUCGUAUCAGGAGGAUGUUGCGGGUCCAUGAAGAAGAGAACCAUCGUGGGUGGUUACGCGUUCACUUGGUGGUUCGUCACAGAUGUCCAACGAUUGUCCCUCGAGGUUAUGACCCUGAAUCCCGUCUGCGAGAGCGUGGAAACCGCCCAAGGUGUGCCAUUAACUGUUACCGGGGUGGCACAAUGCAAGAUUAUGAAGGCUGACGAACUUCUGCACACUGCCAGUGAACAAUUCCUGGGUAAAAGCGUUCAUGAAAUUAAAUCCACGAUCCUGUCCACCCUCGAGGGUCAUCUACGUGCAAUAUUGGGAACACUCUCGGUGGAGGAAGUGUACAAGGAUCGGGAUCAAUUCGCGACGCUCGUAAGGGAGGUCGCAGCCCCGGAUGUCGGUCGGAUGGGCAUCGAGAUCCUGUCGUUCACGAUAAAAGACGUCUACGACGACGUUCAAUACUUGGCGUCGCUCGGCAAGGCUCAAACUGCGGCAGUAAAACGAGACGCCGACGUUGGCGUCGCCGAGGCGAACCGCGACGCCGGAAUCCGGGAAGCAGAAUGCGAGAAGGCAGCGAUGGAUAUAAAAUACAACACCGACACAAAAAUCGAAGACAAUGCCAGACUCUUCCAACUGCAGAAGGCAAACUUUGACCAAGAAGUGAACACAGCUAAAGCGGAAGCGCAGCUGGCCUACGAGCUUCAAGCAGCGAAAAUCAGGCAACGAAUACGAAACGAGGAGAUCCAGAUCGAGGUAGUUGAAAGGCGUAAACAGAUCGAGGUCGAGGAGCAGGAAGUUCGUCGAAAGGAACACGAGCUUCAGAGUACGGUGCGACUUCCGGCUGAAGCUGAACAUUACAAAAUGGGAAAAGUGGCUGAAGGAAAAAGAACGCAGACCGUGGACGCGGCCAAAGCUGAAGCUGAGAGGAUUCGAUUGAUCGGAGAAGCCGAGGCUCAAGCUCUAGAGGCGGUUGGAGUAAUGGAAGCUGAACGUAUGCGGAUGAAAGCUGCCGUGUACAAGAAAUACGGCGAGGCUGCUAUUCUGAACAUCGCUUUAACCGCUCUGCCAAAGAUUGCCGCGGAGGUAGCAGCACCAUUAGCGAGAACGGAAGAGAUCGUUCUUUUGGGUGGAAACGACGCGACCAGUGGAGAAAUAACACGCCUUGUGGGGCAAGUACCUCCAGCUGUUCAAGCACUGACCGGUGUAGAUCUUUCAAAAGUGUUAGGAAAGAUACCAGGCGCGAAGUAAUGGUGGACGAAUCAAGAGAGAAGAACGGCGACCAGGCGAUCGGACAUUCGGAAUCGGCUGUAGAAAAGAACAAACUCUAUACUGCCAAAUAUUUCCCCGCUACUCUAAUCAUCCUCCGGUGACACUCCACUUUUUUCUCUUUCCCGAAUUAUUCUACCUCAAACGUAGAUGAAGCGACGCUCAACAAAAACGUUCAUGCCACCGCGGCAACGGCGUCGAAUUGAAAAUCGAUCGAGUUCAAACUCUGGUUCCAUUUACGAUACGACGUUCAUCUAGACGAUUACACAGAACGCACAUCGACGAUUUCAGCUUCACCAUUGAUCGUUCGUGCACGUUUCUCUUAAAGAAAUCUCGGGUGCACCGAGUCGACCCGAUCUCUCUGGGUGACUCUUCUCAAAGAUCUCGUCAAACGUUUCCUCGUCGAUCGAUCUUUAAACGACGCAAUCCAGAACGCAUUCGAAAGGAAGAUGAAAUGCGGUAGAUGAAUGAGGAAGGCAAAGCGAAUCGGCACAAACAGCGACAGAAAUAAAAAAAAAAAUUUCAAGAUUCACCGCUGGUUGACGCGUGUAUCAUUCGACCAAACGGGAAUCCAGUUACCUAGUGAAUGUACGCCGUUACAUUUGCGAGUCUAUUGUGAUUGAAAACUCUCGAUCAUUGUGUUCAACAUAAGUAAGUAACUUAACGAAAGGGAGAGGAGAGAUGGUGAACGUUCGUGCGGAGUUAGCGACGUGGAAGUCAACUGUCCGUAGUUGGUUGUACAUACUCAUAGUAUCGUGUGUAUAAUAGCAGCUGAGGUUUCUAACUUGCUUAGAAUGAGACGCGUCGAACGAGAUAAAAGAGCGUUAUAUUCUUAUUUAUAAGAAAUUACAAAUGGAUUGUACACUAUUUUUAGAGCACCGUACAUGUAUAUGUUCCCUACAGGAGGAACUGAAUAUUUAGAUAUUUGAAGAAUAAAUACUUUGUGAUACAUUUGAAACCCGUUAAAGGAUGCUGAAAUAUAUUUCAGAAUUGUGUGUCAUUUAAUCAUUAUUUCCAAUUGUACAAUGCACUUUUUGAAUUUGUUAAGUCUUCCAGUUGAUCACUGAAAUGAUUCCGUAUUAAGUUCUCGCAAAGUAUUUAUUUUUCAAAUUUAUGUUUCUGAGGGAAAGGAAUUAUAAAUUUCAUUAAGACCACUAGGUUCCUCAGUGUUUCAAAAGUUAAAAUUCUACACUGGAUAGUAAAACAGAAUAACAAUGAAUGAUAGAAGAUGCAAAUAAGCGCUCGAGUAUCCUCGUUCGUCGCGAUCGCACUCGAAAUUCUCUCGGUUGACCACGCAUCGGAAUCAAUCCUAUUCCUUUCUAUCUAUCAAUUAUACUCCAUAAUGAAGAAAAAGUGCCAACUUGUACAUACAGUAUCGUCACACCGCCGUAUAGUAGGACAAAUUAUAUUUUCUAUUGAUUAACGAGCAUCCCUGCUGUGUUGCAUCUUUUUAUUCGGUUCGCAAUAGCUCUCCCCCUCAAGCAACCCUUCAGACCCGUACUAUUUUGUUCGAAAAAUACUCAAAUUGGACAAUUCCACCGCGCAAAAUCUCGAGAUCAGGGUUACAACCGUAACUAAUAAUCACAUAAUAUCGGGCGUCGCCGAGUACAAAUUCCAUUGCCCUGUCCCGAUGUGUAUUUGGUACUCGCUGAAGAUAACUAGACUGGUUUGAAGACGUUUCAAUGUUUCUGUCGUUUUUUUAUUUCAAUUUUUCAAGCUUUAAUUAGUGUCAUUUAAGACUUUUAGAUUCCUAAUUAAUUGAGAUUUGCACGAUGAGCUUUGAAACAAUUUUACAAAUCAGAGUUUAUGCAAUAUACAUGGAUUGUGUUACUUUUAAAUGUAUGCUUUACACUUUGUAAAAAUAAUAAUUAUGAGCAUUUUGUGUCUACGUUAAUUGUAUAUAUAUUGGUAUUCGAAUACUUUUGUGUGUACUAAAUAUUAAGUGAAAAUUGAUCAGUAAUUGUAAAUACAGCAUAGAAAAAUUUAUUUUAAUUUUACCAGAUGUUUUAUUUAUUUUUUUAUCUAUUUAUUUAUUUAUGCAUUCGAUUGCUAGUUUAUCUUUCUCAGGGUAAUUUAUUCCACUUAUAUAUAAAAAAACUUCAGACUUCAAAGUCUUCAAACCAAAGGGACGAAAAGAAAUUCUCAUCCCUUUCUUAAAAAAAUUAAAGCGAGUACCUAAAAGGUAGAAAGAGAGAUGCAAGAACGUUACAUUUUCAGCUGACAAGUCUUUCCAAAAAUAAAAAGUACAUUUAGAACAGUACAAACGAGAUGACAGAGAGAGAAUUAAUUGCCAGAGUGAAAUUAUAUACAGUGAAGCGUUAAGAAAGUGCAAGGUCCGCGUCUAUAUAGUAUUUUUAUUAAUAAGAAGCGAUCAAAGCUGUAAAUGCCGAUUAUAUAAAUGAAAGAAAAGAAAGAAAGAAAAAAGUAAAAAACUUCUAUCGCUGUCGAGGCAGAUGUUUUAUACAUAUAAGCUAUUUUUUAGUAAGGUUUAGCGCACCCUUUCCGAUGGGUAGUCAAUGCGAGAAGUCGCCAUGUAAAAUUCUGAUAGCCUCAAGAUGUUCGUUCUUCUUUUUUUUUUUUAUUAUUAAUUUUGUCUUUUGAAAAUCGUAGACCCGCAAAAGUUCAGAUAUUACGAAAGAAGAAAAAGGAAGAAAAACUCAACGUCUACGUGUUCGACGGAAAUUUUGUCACCGAUCGAAAUCAAUUUCAGGAGAAGCGUAUUCGACUUCCAUUCCAUGUUCAACGAUCGAUCAAUUGAAUAAUCAAUUGUAAUUGUCGUUAUGUGUCGUCGAGGAAUCGGGGUCAUGUAGAUAGUUUGUGUAUUACAGUAUCGUGCAUAGUAGGCUGGGAUAUAGCCAUUUCUCCCUAAGGAAGCUUACCAUGCUCGAUACUGUACGCCCUCCGAAAUUCGUGAUGUCGUAAAAACGUCUACGCGACGAUCUCUUAGAACUUUUCUGUCGAAUACUACAUUAAUAUUUUUCAAUAUUUAACUGGAAACUGACGAUUUUCUUUCAUCGACAUUGAUUUAAAUAUUUUACAAAAUUUUCUGCUUCAUUUUUAUAAGCGUUUUAUGAACUUUUUGAAUUUGCUUUUAUUCAAACUUUAUGAUAUUUUAUAUAAACGUACCAUUUAAAUUUAUUUACAUAGAAGAAAAUGUAAUUUGUAAGUAGAACAAGAAGAGGAAAAGCGAAACGAGACUUGUAGAAUUCUUAAACGAUAUGAUUAUUAGGCUAAUUAUAAUUGAAUCUAUUGAGUCACCGCAUAACAAUAUGGAACAAAAGAAAAUGUGAUUCAUAAAAGUAAUCAUCUUUCUAUGUGAGAAAAAGACGACUGAUUAUAGCGAUCGCUAGUUCUUUAAAUUUUAUUAAGAAAAAAUGAAACACUGAAAAUUUUGAUGUCACUCUUCGUAGCGUUCCAUCAAAUACAAUGAUCUAUGAUGAAUCUCUGUAAAUUUGAAGCUAGUACUCAUCGAUUCUUUCUCUCGUUUACGAACGAACGUGUAGACGAUUUUAUAAUGCAAUUUCGACUAUUUUCUAUCGAAUAAUUCAGGUAACAAGUAAUUCAGAUUCACGUAACAGAAGUUUCUUCAAGCUAUCAGCAACAAUUCGCGAAAGUAUCUUCUUUCAUUCCAUACUCGAGGGGUUUGCGAUCCCGUCAGAUUAUUAUUACCUGACGUAGGAAUAUUAUUAUCGAAACGUAGGAAAUUAUGUCUCGAUGAUAUUAUUUAAAAAAAAAAGAAUUAACAGAAUUAUGAUAUCGAUUGUUUAAUUAUACGUGGAUUCUUCUUUUGUGAUCCAAAGUAAUUAAGUCUAAGUCAACGGAAGUUGUAAAGGUAUAUAGUUGUUUUCCUUUUUGUCUGUUUGUUUUAAUUAACAACAUUGUGUCAUAAAAGGUAUAUUCUGAAUACUUUACAUCCGGGUAUAUUAAUGAUAAUUUUGAUUCGCUUCCUCAUUAAACUAAAUUAAUAUUAUUACAUUUGUAACAGGACUGUGUUGCUAAUUUAAACAAGCGAGAUGAUUUCUUUAAGAAAGGAUCUAUUUUUAAUUAAACAAAAUAUUUUAUGUA